GUGCUGAGCCAGUGUAAGAGAGCGGCAACAAUGCCUAUGUUUUGCUCGGUGUAUGGUUGUUCUAACCGAUCCAACAGAGAGAGAGAAAAAAGCUAUUUUCGCAUCCCCAAAGUUGUGCACCAUAAGGGUGAUAAUUUAAAAAAUAUCACGAAGAAGCGCCGCCAGGCAUGGAUUAAAAACCUUCGCCUGAAGUCUAGUGGAGUGGAGUCUGGCAAUGCUCGUGUUUGCGGUGAUCACUUUGUGACAGGCUGCCCGAGUGCUGUCAAGGAUGUAGAGUCGACAGACUGGGCUCCUACGGUCAAUCUCGGCUAUGACACCGGUAAACCAGUGACUGAGGCAUCCCAUAAAAGAGAGCAGAGAAGGCAGUCCAGAGAAGCUCAACUUACCUGCACCAACAUAGACGAGCUACCAGAACCAGAGUGCUUGAAAGAUGCAGCUGCCUGCGCCAACACAGCUGCAUUGCUGGACCUUGGUGUGACGGAGAACCAAGAUCCAGAACAAAUGAAAGAUGCAGAAUGUCAGACAGACCUGAGCAUGGACGAUCUUGACAAGAUGGAAGCCGCUAUGAACCAAGCAUCAGCAGAGCUGAGCGACCUCAGAAUUAAGGCACUGGACACACAAUUUACCCAAGAGGCCUUUCAGAACAACCAAGACAAGACUAAGUUUUACACAGGACUGCCAAAUUUCUUAGUUUUGAUGCAAGUGUUUCAACUAUGUGAGCCAUACAUCCCCUGUAGCCCUUUGUCUGCACUCUCCACAUUUGAACAGCUCAUUUUGGCUUUACUUAGAUUGAGAUUAAAUCUUUCACUCCAGGAUUUGGCCUUCAGGUUCAAGGUUUCCUGUUCCACCGCUUCUAGAAUUUGGCACAAGUUAAUCUGCGUCCUUCAUGAAAGGCUGGAGUUCCUAAUAGAAUGGCCAGAGCGAGAGGUACUGCAAGCGACUAUGCCAAUGUCUUUUAGGCAAGCAUUUGGAUGCAAGGUUGCCGUGAUAGUUGACUGUUUUGAAGUGUUCAUUGAAAGGCCUUCCAAUUUACUUGCGAGAGCACAGACCUGGUCUAGCUACGAACACCACAACACAGUUAAAUUUCUCAUUGGUGUUGCUCCUCAAGGAUAUAUCACCUACAUCAGUCAUGCGUGGGGAGGAAGAGUUAGUGACAAGCAUAUUACUGUAGAGAGCAGCAUUCUAAAGAAUCUGUUGCCUGGAGACAUUGUUCUUGCUGACCGUGGCUUUAAUAUAGGGGAUAGUGUAGGAUUUUACUGUGCUUCAUUGAAGAUGCCAGCUUUCACAAAAGGGAAGAGCCAGCUAUCUGCAUUUGAGGUAGAGGAAACAAGAACAUUUGCUAAUGUUCGUAUUCAUGUAGAAAGGGUCAUAGGAUUAGUGCGAAGAAAAUAUCAAAUUCUGCAGAGCAGGGCAAUGCCCAUUGAAAACAUGUCAGUAAAAAGAGGUGAUCAGCUAGCGUUGAUUGAUAAGAUUGGUGUAAUUUGCUGUGCAUUAACAAAUCUUUGUGACUCUGUUGUCCCACUGGAGUAAAUAUCUUCUAUUGUAUUCUGAAAUGUAAAUAUGCCAUAUCUAAAUGUAAUAUACCUUUUUAUAUAUACUUGUUCAGUCUAUUGUGUAAAGAAUUGUCAAGGAAAUAUAUUUCCUCAUUGGUUGUAUAAAAUGCAUUGCUUAAACAUCCAUGCUGUUUGCUUUUUUUGUGUCCGUAAACUUAAAACCCAAUAUUUUGUUCAUCUUCACAAGUUUUUGCCCUGCUGGCAAGUAAAAAUAGACCAUGCUUUGAAU